AUGGGCGAAGACAAUGCAGACUCUGCAGAUGCUGUAUUUGCACUGCUGGUUUCUGAAUUGAUCACCACCGUAUCAACCGAUGAUGUUGCUGUAAUCAUGGGCGUUAUUGUUGCGCCAAGGGAUGUUUCCAUCCUCGAUUGGUUCGUCGAAACAGCCAUGCUGCUGCUUACUACCGUGUCUAACGUCGUCUGGUAUGUCGUGGUUGGGAAGUCGGAUGGUAACGAGUCUGCAGUAGCUGUCGGUGUUACUAAUGGAAAGGAUAUCGAUGAGGUGCCAGUAGUCGUAGCGUCUUCAAAGGAUCUUGAGAUCGAAGAUUCUGUCGUGGUAGACGAAGGCUCAACUGACAAGCGGCUCGGUGAGACAUCCGAGGAGGAUGAUUCGAGUGUUGAGGAUGAGAAGGUAGUUGUCUCUGUCGACAAGUCACUGGUGGUGGUCAGUGUAGGUAACUCGGUUGCCGGAAGCUCUGAUUCUGAGAAAGUGACGGUUGUAGUUGAAGAUGCCUCGGUCGAGGUUUCCGUCGAGACUUCUGUGGAAGUUUCCAUCGAUGUUGACGUCGCAGAUAUCGGGGCCGGAUAA